AUGUUAUUUUUUGUGUUUAUAAUUUUGGCGGGAUACGCUGUCAGAUGCGACAAUGCGAGUAACAACUACUACGUGAUAGAGAUGCCCGAAGAUGACGUACCGCUACGAGAAACCAAAAAACCGUUUAAUGUCUACUGGAACGUACCAACGAUGCAAUGUGAAUCAAAGAAAAUACCAUUCGCAAACUUGUACGAGAAGUACGGAAUAAUACAAAAUGCAAAUGACAGUUUUCGCGGCGAAAAAAUCGCCAUUUUGUACGACCCGGGCCUGUUUCCCGCGUUACUGAAAAACGAAACGAGCGGGAAAUUCAAAUUUAGAAAUGGCGGUGUACCGCAAGAGGGCGAUAUUGACAGCCAUUUGGAUGCGUUCAGGUUGACAAUGGAACAGAGUAUACCAGAUGUGGAUUUUAAAGGCAUUGGCAUCAUCGACUUCGAGUCUUGGAGACCGAUUUUCAGACAGAACUUCGGUGUGCUGAUACCUUACAAGGACGUUUCGUACGAGAUAGAAAAGAAAAUGCACUGGUGGUGGCCGAAAACAUGGAUACAGGAGGAGGCUAAAGAACGUUUCGAAGAGGCUGCAAGGAUUUUCAUGCAGAACACUCUGUCCAUUGCGAAGCAGAUGCGGCCGAAGGCGCAAUGGGGCUACUACGGGUUCCCGUAUUGCUUCAAUGUGGCCACUAACAACCCCUCCGAAAACUGUCCGGCAAAAGUCACACAAGAAAACAACCAGUUACACUGGCUCUGGUCAGAAAGCACGGCAUUAUACCCAUCCGUGUACAGCUCAAAGAACCUAACCUCCAAACAACUAGCCGCCCUGAUCCGAGGCAGGGUGGCAGAAGCCUCACGUACAAGGAGGAAAGGAACUCUAAUACUGCCCUAUUUCUGGUUUAGGUAUAGAGACGGCGGUUUCUUCAACGAGCUGGAUCUAGAAAUGGUUUUAAAGACAUUGUAUAAAUCAAACGCUUCCGGUUUUAUAAUAUGGGGGAGCUCUAAGGAUGUGAAUACGAUUGACAAAUGCAACAAGCUGCAAAACUAUGUAGAUACUAUAAUGGGACCAGCCAUCGCCAAAUAUGCGAAAUACAACCAAAAAACCGAAGAUGAAACGACAACUAAUGAUUCUAACUAUAUUACCUACGAAACUGUUACAAAAGAAGCAGUUUACGAUGAUCAAACAACUGUCACUCCUGAAAAUGUACCUAACAGUACUAGUACAACGCAUCAAAAUUUGCUAGAAAACAAUGAAACCGAGAUUGAAAAUGAAAAAAUUCAAUCAAAUAAUAUUGCAUUAGAUCCUGAAUUCCAUUGGGUUCCGCCAGAUACAUACAAUCAAGAUAUAAAACUUUAUGUAGAAGAGGAACUAACGAAAAAAUUAAAAAAUAAUAAUAUAACUACUGAUAUAAAACACAAAUUAGCUGACAGUUUAAAAGGAACUAUUCUCAUAGACAUGAUAAUAAAUGCCCUAUAUGGUUCAAAAACAGAAAUAAAAAUAGCACCGGAAUCUAACGGCGAACUUAAACCUAUAGAAAAUGUAUUAAAUAAUGUAGACUCUAACUUACAUCAUAUCAACAAGUUUACGUCAGUAUCUAAAUACCCACCAUUUGAACCGAGUACCGAAAGUCCCAUUGUAGAUGCUAAUAAAGAAAUAAAAGAAGGACCUACUUUAAACGACAUCAUUUUAGGUGGUUACGAUCGCAAUAUAUAUACCACGGGAUAUACUGUACCUAUAGCAGUAGUAGAAAAUAGUUAUAAAGAUUUUAACACCCAUGACACAAAAAAUAAACAUGUGAUCAGCCAGAAUAAAGCUAAAAAUAGCUCAUCUAAUGAUUUUGUAGAUCCUAAAACCCAAAUUGAACUAUCAACUAGUCCAUCUGUGUCAAAUGUAGAGAAAACAUUUAUAAAUGCAGAGAAAAAAGACCAAACCACAGUUUUGCCAUUCAAUCAGAUUGAAGAUGACUACGUAUUUUUUGACCUCAAAACAGAAACCGAUAAUCUAAGUACCACAACUAAUAAUGUAAGGUUUUACACAGAUGACUUAAAUUUGAUAACAAGUAUAUCUAACAUAACAACAGAAACAACUACUAUUGAUAGAAAUAAACAAAUAGGAAUAAGUUCAAAUAGCAUGACAGAAGACUUUUAUAUAUCACAGUAUUCUAUAUAUAUCACAAAAGAAUCCAAUUUAACGAAUUUGACCAAUAAUAGUUUAACAGAACCACAAACUUUCACUGAAAGAAAUGACAAAGAAUUCGUUUAUUUUCAUAAAGAAGGAAAUGUUGACGAAAUUCUUUCACAGCAAACAGAAAACCUAUCAGUAUUUACAGAAAGUGUAAAUUCUUCUACAGAUUUAGAUGACAAUGCCACAGUAUCACCAGUAUUAGAAGAAGUUUUAGAAGAAAUUAUGUCAUUAGGUAAAAACGAAGAAGUAAACAUUGAUGAAAAUUUUACUCCUCUCGGUCUUCCUUCUACGAGUUCACCUGAUAAGGUCGCUACAAGCAACAUCGCUAACGGGGCGAAGGAUUUAAUGUACACAUAUUAUAUGUUUAUUAUGUAUCUUAAAAUGUUAAUGUGA